AUGGAACAUGAACUAGUGGAGCAGGCCAGUGUGGCUCCAAGGCAGGAACCCAGUGAAGUCACUUCUGGGCUGGUGUUUAUGUGCAGACUUACAGAUGGAUUACAUGUAGCUCUCAUAGCUAUUGGAGUUAAGGCUAGAUCAGCAUGUAUUGCUAAAGAUGAAAAAGUAAAGGAUGAAUAUAGAGAUACAGCAAAUCUGCUCAUUGGAUACCCUGCAGGACCAGUUAUAGAUCAGAUCAGCCAGCAACCAUGGGUUGCUGCACUGGUCUGCAAGAAACUGAUGGAGCAAGUCCGCAUGGUCAUAAGCUAUGUAGAAAUGACAAUGUACAAUACCAUCAAAGGAUAUCUCUAGCAAUACUUGGAUGACACAAUAGCCCUACAACUGGUGGCACAUGAGAUACCAGUAUUUCUAAAAGCUUAUGAAAGAUGGAAGAAGAAGCACACUCUCUCGUACGGUGCAUUCAGUGCACCUGAAAUGACUGCAGGAGCAACUGUCACGGUCUGA